AUGUCCCCCUCUGUACUCCAGAACCUAUUCGACAGCUCGACUGCCGGAGCAAGCCAUCAAUGUCUAUGUGGCCUCGCAAAGCGGAUAGGUUUCCAGCAACGUGCUGUGGACGGCUUCACAAUGGAAGGGUGCCUUUUGGCUUUUGCUUCUCCCCGAAUUUUCUCCCGCCCUGGGAGACCAGAUCAGAUAAGGAUGCUCUGCGAAUCUCGGAACAAUCGUCUUGAUGUUUCGGGGGUCUCUUCCCCGGAUAUUUCAACUUCCAAGUUCAAUUCAACCGCAAUGGCUCAUGUUACUGCUGCUGAUGCCUCUUCCCUUCAGAUCAACGUUAUCACUUCGCUGUCCACUGGGCUUUCCAAGGCUGGAUUCAUUCUGCAUGCCAUGAGAGUAGCAAUAUGUCGAUAA